AUGCCUCGCACCCGAAACAAUGCCCCUAUUAACCUCACGCAAACUUUCAACACUCACGCUGACAGGGUGACCUACUACAUUAAGAAUGAGGUUCACCCUGCACCAAACAACGACAAUGUCCUUGUCGGGAUCCGUCCAGGGGCUCGCAUUGUGCCUCUUGCCUCUGGGAAAGACGUAUUGAGGACUGCUAUAUGGAUGUCUCGCACUGCACGCACGCCCACCAUCAAUUCUGGCAUCACCACGGCAGCAGCGACACCAUCAGCUACCAUCACCACCAUACACAUUGGCACAGCGACAACCGAUUUAGCGAGCAGUAUACCUUCACCAGCACAGCCACCAUACACAAUGACCAUCGCCCACGAUCUCCUCGGCAGCGCUGUAAUCAUCAUACCUCCACCCAGACCUCCACCCGUUGCCGAGUCGGGGAGUCAGGGAACAUGUCUGAUCGCUUCGAAGUGGAAGUGGAUGUGGAUAUUUCUGGGGGACUUUGUUGUGCGUGAAACCGCCACUUUCUGCCUCUACUGA